AUGGUGUCGAGCGUCCAGUCAAGCUCAUCGACGGUAGCCCAGCAGCUCGACGCAAUCGCGCACCGCCCUCUCCUCGUGCGCAUAGUUGGACAACGAGGCGAGCCCCCUGACCGCCCCCUCAGCGCUCACAGCCUUGCCGAGCCCGCCGCAUCACCGGCAAGCGUAGUGAGCGGUGCGGCGCCACCGUCCACGCACUCCACUACGCCGGACCUGCACUCGCCCGUGGUGCAGGAGAAGUGGCCAGAGCCCGAGUCCGCGGCGCAGAGCGUGCGGCCCCAAAUGCGGCCCGACCACGCCGGGGGCACAUCCACGGAGCGGGACUCCCCUGCCGCCAGCACGAAGCCCGUGGUGGAGAGCAGCCGCGACCCUACGCUCGACAAGAGCCCCCCGCCAUCUUCACCCGGGCCGCCACCACCUUCGUGCACUUGCUUGCCGGGGUGGGUCGUGGGCAGCGAAUCCGGGGACGGGAAGGCCGAAUCCGCCCACGGCAGGGCCAGAUCCGGGCCGCCGCUGCUCCGGCGCGCCACCCCGCCCCGCCCCGAUGCAGAAGCCACAAACCGACCUGUCUACCCCACCGCCGCCGUCCUCGGGAGCUGA